CGGCGGCGAUCAGUCCGCUUUCGGUGCUCAGGCGUUGCGUUUCGUUUGCCUCCAGCAGCAAAAAAAAAAAUAAUACCCCUGACCAAUCCCAUUCCCCAAAACCCAGACCAGUUUGUGUGGACAGCGAUGCCGUGCUGAGGUCUCUCACUCGCUCUUUCUCUCUCUGGUUUUACCUCUAUCGCGCUCUUUGGUGUGCCAAAAAUUAUAAACUUAUUAAAUAGUUUUCUUCGCGGAAAGCAGACAACCGACAGCACCAGGAAAAACAGCGGCAGCGAUUCUUGUUCAAGUUAAGAUUUUUAUACCUGCGAGAUGGAAAAACCCCAGAGGAAAGCGAGGUGGUUCUUCGGCGGAUUGGCCAGCGUGGGAGCCGCCGUGGUGACCCACCCACUCGACCUCAUCAAGGUCACGCUGCAGACGCAACAGGGACACCUGUCGGUGGCGCAGUUGAUCCCGAAGCUCGCCCGCGAACAAGGAAUCCUGGUCUUCUACAACGGCCUCUCCGCCUCGAUGCUCCGCCAAAUGACCUACUCCACGGCUCGAUUCGGGGUCUACGAGGCUGGGAAGGAUUACGUAAAGACGGACACCUUUGCCGGCAAGGUAGCGUUAGCCGGAGCCUCCGGCCUCGUCGGUGGCAUCGUGGGCACUCCGGCGGACAUGGUCAACGUGCGCAUGCAGAACGACGUGAAGCUGCCCGUGGAGCAGCGACGGAACUACAAGAACGCCGUCGAUGGAUUGUUUAGGGUGUACCGCCAGGAGGGCUUCGCGCGGCUUUUCUCCGGCGCCACUACAGCGACGGCCCGUGGAAUCCUGAUGACCAUCGGUCAGAUUGCUUUCUACGAUCAGACGAAGAUCUAUUUGCUGGCCACGCCGUAUUUCCACGACAACCUGAUCACGCACUUCACCGCCUCCCUGGUGGCCGGAACGAUAGCCACCACCCUGACCCAACCGCUGGAUGUCCUAAAAACACGAUCGAUGAAUGCCAAGCCAGGCGAGUACGCUGGCCUAUGGGAUGUGGUGAAGCACACGGCCAAAUUGGGACCUCUCGGUUUCUUCAAGGGCUAUGUGCCGGCCUUUGUGCGGCUGGGUCCUCACACGAUCAUCACUUUCGUGUUCCUCGAGCAACUGCGUCUCAACUUUGGCACCACACCAAGCUAGCCGGGAUCGUUAUCGACUUCCUAAAUAGGCAAUAAUUCUCCCAUGGCUGGCUGGCAGAUUUCCUUGAGCAAUGCUAACAUUCCAGCUGCAAUUCGUUCACCACAGUACCGAACAUAACUUAGCUUUAGCCAGGUAUAAUUCUUAUCCAAGAUGCUUUUAUGUUAGCAAAAUAUUAAGUGUUAACGUUUCAUGCCCGCUACCUUAAACGUGUUAAUUUUUAUAGUCUUUAGGACAUGAUAUUUUUGUAACAAGGUCUUCAACAUUUUUUCAAACCUAAUUAAUAACUGUUUUCAAAAUAUUAAAAAUUGAAGUGUACCUCGAAAUGUACGAUACACUAUGAGUAGAAAUAUAAUAUAUAAACCUUAAAGAGAUUGCAAUUAAAUAUAGAUUGGCUUUAAAUAUAAUUGAUAUUUUCAAAACAUACAUAUAUGUAUGAAUAUUUUUAAAUAUUUGUUGACAAAAGUAUGAUAACUAUUUUAUUUAGGAAAGCAAUAUUCCCAGGAUUUAAAACAGACCUUCAGUUAUUAGAAAGAGCAAUUGUAAAAAAUGAAAGGGCAUUGAAGAUUGUUUAGAUCUACCCUCUUUAAUGUGGGCGUGAAAGGUUUAAGUUGAGCUCAUUCGUACUUCAUCGUCAUUGCCGUGCUGUUAGCAAUUAACUCUAAUUUGUUACCAAUGGCUGAGCAUCUGCUUGUUGUUGCUUUAUGUGUUAAGACUGCCAUGCAAUAAUUAAAUAAAACAAAACCCAAACGGA